CCAGGCUGGACAUUUUAUUAUCUCCACGUCUCAAUGAGGAAACCAGGCUCAGAGAGGCCAAGCAACUCAUCCAAAGUCACACAGCUCCUAAGUAACAGUCUGGGGACCCCAAAGUCACUACUCCUCACAAUAGGAAGGGGUUGUUAUUAUUUUUUGCCAGCCUGUUUCCUUCCUCCUUGCCCUCCCUCCCUGCCUGUUAUCAUCUGCCCAGUGAGUUUGCAUCAUUACUAGGGCCCAGGGGUCCAAUUAGGGGGCUCCCCCAGGGAAGCUGACUGAGGCAAUCCCUGCCCCAAGGGGGCCUCCCUGAGCUGAAGUUUUAAUUAGCUGUCACUGCUCUUCCUGAGAUUCUGAUCUGUCUGUGGCUCCACCAGCCCAGGCUGGCCUUGAGGCAGGAGGCAGGACUGACUUCCAAGCCUGCAGCUCAGUGGAGCUGCCCAUCAGGGAGGGAGGGUCUGGCUGGGCCUCUGUCCUGCCUCAGCAUUACCUCAUUUAAUCCAGUAAAUGGAUUAAUAAAAUUAAUGGAUCAUGUGACUUAAUCCAUUAAAUGGACUAAAUAAACGAGUUAAUAUUUGUAAAGCAUUUAAAACAGCACCUGGUACAAGGUAAAGGCUAUGUGAGUGUUUGCUAAAUUAAAACAAGCCAUCGGGGACUGGGGAGCAAGAGACUGGGGUAGAGGGCAGGGCUAUGCUUGGACAUGAGGUGACACAUACCUGGGUCACCUGGCAAUGGUGGGUGGCCCAUGUGUGGGCUGCGGGCAUCUGUAAUGCUUGUAAUCCUGCCCCCGGCGAUAUGGGAUGCUUGGGGCUGCGCGUGCAGCUGGCUUGGAGGGCACGCACAAGUACUGAGGGGCCACUGCCAGUGCCACACUGUGCUGCCACACAUUGCGCGCUGCUCACGAGACGGGGCCAGCACCCCACGUGAGAGCCGAGGCAUGGAUGUGUCCAAGAUUACACAGCCAUGCAGAGGCAGAGUAGGAUUUAGAUCCCAAGUCUGGGCUCUGUACACUGGGAAAUCUAGUUCCCUGUGUCACCCACCACGGGCCAUACCUGCAGACCCCAAAGGGGGAAAAGUGCCCCUCUCUGCUCCCACUCAGCCUCCCCUCAAGCUCCAGGAAACCUGAGGGGUCUGAGCGUGGCUGUUUGUGUUGAGGACUCAAGACCCCUUCCCUGGGGUGGGGCUGUGGGUCUAGGCUGAGAUGGUGUCAGUUUCUGAAGCAUCACCCCACCCCUCCUGGGAGCAAGAGGCCUCCUGGCCAUGACCCCAGCCCCACCCCACUGGGCUGCUUGCCUCCAUCUCAGCCCUCAGCCCCCAGCCACAGCCGCUGUGCCAGCCCUGAGCCGAAGCCAAGCCCUCCUUGGACGCGGUUGCCUGGUAACCAGUCCUAGGUGACAGAAACCCCAGCGGGCCGCUAAUGAGGGGGCAGCAGCCAACCACCUGGCUAGACCCUGCGGCCCUAGCCAGCCUUAGGAAGGCUUUGAUGACAGUCCACCUGGCCUGCCCCCACGAACACAGCCUGAGUCAACCCUGUGCCGAGUGCAGGAGUCCCAGCCCAACGGCAGCGGGGGCCCUGCCCUGCAGGAAGCACCUCUCCAGUCGAGGAGGGAAGCCAGGCUUGCCACUGUGCAAUUUUAGCACAUGGAGCUGAGGCUCGGAUGGAGACAAGUUCAGAGUGCUAUGGGGCCUCAGAAGAGAUGACUAAACCCAGCCUGGAGUUCAGGGAAGCCUUCCUGGAGGAAGGGGCCUGAGAUAAGCCUUAAAGGUCAACAGGAGUUAGUAAAGAAAGCCAGUGUCCAGCCCCUCCUCUUCAGCUCCAGCUGCUUUGUGACUCUUGGAACCUGCAGCCUCAGGCCCGGCUAGAAAGGACCGGCGGCCUGGCCGAGCUGGAGGAUGCGGUCGCCGCUGCGGCCCCGGGGAGCGGCGGCGGGAAGCCCGGCGUCCUGCAGGUCGGCGGUUGAGUAGCGAGGACCCCAGGGGCUUGAAGCCUUCACCGCGAUGGCGGAGAAGCGGCCACUGGGGACUCUGGGGCCUGUGAUGUAUGGCAAGCUGCCCCGCCUGGAGGCAGACUCGGGGUCUGGGCACAGCCUGCUCCCCGCUGCUGGAAGCCAGGACCGCUGCAGCUAUAAGGAAGCCUACUUCUCCUGUCCCAUGGCGGGUACUCCCAAGGCAGGGUCUGAGCGGAUGGCAUCCUGGGCCCCAUACCCACCACUGUACACCCCCAGCAUGGCAGGCCCUCCACUUCGGACAGACAGCCUGCUGACCAACUGCCUGCUCUACCGCUCACCAGCAGAAGGCCCUGAGAAGAUGCAGGACUCCAGCCCUGUUGAGCUCCUGCCCUUCAGUCCCCAGGCUCAUUCCUACCCAGGCCCGCCACUGGCAGCGCCCAAACCUGUCUACCGAAAUCCUCUGUGUUAUGGGCUCUCCACUUGCCUGGGGGAAGGGGCAGCAAAGAGGCCACUGGACGUUGAUUGGACACUGGUGACUGGGCCUCUGUUGCCCUCAGCUGACCCACCUUGUUCUCUGGCCCCGGCUCCUGGCAAGGGCCAGUCCCUGGAUGGCACCUUCUUGCGUGGGGUGCCAGCUGAAGGGUCCAGCAAAGACUCCUCGGUGAGCUUCUCCCCAUGCCAAGCAUUCCUGGAGAAGUACCGGACCAUCCACAGCACAGGCUUCCUGGCCUCCAAGUAUACAAGUCCUUACUCUGGGGACCCCAAACAAGCGAUGUCCAAGGGGCCUUCCAGUCCUUGGACCCAGCCAGCCCAGCCCCUGGGGCCACCCUGCCAGGAAGUCAUGCCCACCCACUACCCACUGCCCCCACCCCCACAGGCACUGCCUUGCCCUCCAGCCUGUCACCACCCAGAGAAGCAGGGCAGCUACAGCUCAGUGCUCCCCCUGCAGCCCCUGGGAGCCCACAAGGGCACUGGGUACCAGGCUGGUGGGCUUGGCAGCCCCUACCUGAGGCAGCAGGCAGCCCAGACACCCUACGUGUCCCCAUUAGGGCUGGACACUUAUUCCUAUCCCUCCGCCCCCCUCCCAGCACCCUCACCAGGCCUCAAGCUGGAGCCACCUCUUGCUCCACGGUGCCCACUGGACUUUACUCCCCAGACCCUGAGUUUCCCUUAUGCCCGGGAUGACCUCUCUCUCUAUGGAGCAUCCCCGGGGCUUGGAGGGACACCACCUUCCCAGAACAGCAUGCAGGCUGUGCCACAGCCUGGUGCCUUCCAGAGGACAUGCCAGCCUUUGCCAGCCAGCGAGCCAUGUUCGGAGCCUGUGAGGGCUGCAGAGAAGCCAGCCCAGGAGGCCAAAGAGAAGACGUGGCUGCCUAGCUGCAGGAAAGAGCAGCUACAGCCCCGGCUUAAUGAGCACCCUGGGGCUCCCAUUGUCAUCCGGGACAGUCCGGUUCCCCGUACCCCACCAGCACUUCCCCCCUGUGCCCAGGAGCACCAGUCUCUUCCACAGAAGGAGGGUGCCAGGCCACCCAGCUCUCCACCGAUGCCUAUCAUUGACAACGUCUUCAGCUUGGCCCCCUAUCACGACUAUCUAGAUGUGCAGGCACCCGAGGCCACAGCUGAGUCUGAUUUGGCUCCAGCCUCCAGUGAGAGCCAUGACAAAGGCUGUAGGAGGACCCUGCCUGCCCAGGAGGGCCCCUCAGGGGUUCACUGCUCACGUAAGGAGGAGAUGGCCCUGGACUUGAGUGUGAAGAAGUCCACAGCAGAGGCUUCUCCCGUCAAGGUCCCUAGUCCUGUGAUACAUGCCAAGCCCACCAAAGCCAUGAAUGUGCCAGAUGUGGGGAACACAGUGUCAGAUCUGCCAGGCCUGAAAAAGAUAGUCACAGAAGCCCCAGGGUUGCCUGGGGUGCCAGCGACCACGGAGGCCAUGCCAAGAACCAACUUCCAUAGCUCUGUGGCCUUCAUGUUCCGAAAGUUCAAGAUCCUCCGACCAGCACCCUUGCCUGCAGCCAUGGUCCCAUCCACACCCACUUCCGCUCCUGCCCCUGCCCAGUCUGCCCCAACUCCCACAUCUGUACCCAUUGGACUACAGAUUCUCACUCAGCCCUUGCCUGUGGCCUGCUUCAACCUGGCAUUGCUCAGCCCUCCAGUAGCUGUGGCAUCCCCUGUCCCCAACCCUGCUCCAGCUCCAUCCCCAGCUCCUGCUCCUGCUCCAGGUGCAGGCCCCACUCCAGCAUGUACACCUGCCCUGGCAGACUCCCCAGAGCAGCACUUCACAGGGCUGCACGCGUCCCUGUGUGAUGCCAUCUCAGGCUCAGUGGCCCACUCCCCACCGGAGAAGCUGCGCGAGUGGCUUGAGACAGCUGGGCCCUGGGGCCAGGCUGCGUGGCAGGACUGCCAGGGUGUACAGGGGCUGCUAAGCAAGCUGCUGUCCCAGCUGCAGAGCUUCGUGCACACACAGCGGUGCCCAUUCCCCCAUGUGGUGCGGGCAGGCGCCAUCUUCGUGCCCAUCCACCUGGUGAAGGAGCGGCUCUUCCCGCAGCUGCCACCAGCUUCUGUGGACCAUGUGCUGCAGGAGCACCGCGUGCAGCUGCGGCCGACCACGCUGUCGGAGGAGCGGGCCCUGCGGGAGCGGGCCCUGCACGGCUGCACCUCACGCAUGCUGAAGCUGCUGGCGCUGCGCCAGCUGCCCGACAUCUACCCUGACCUGCUGGGCCUGCAGUGGCGCGACUGUGUACGCCGCCAGCUGGGUGAGCAUGGGGCAGCCCCAGUAGCCACCGGAGCUGUGUGAGCGAGUGACAGGUGACUUUGACACUGAGGCUGGAGCUGUGUCCCCAUCAGAGCCCACCACGGCCAGAGAUGAGCCAGAGAGCCUAGCCCUGGCUCGGAAGUCACCGACCCCCAAGGUCAGGAAGCCGGGGAAGAAGCCAACAACUCCUGGCCCAGAGAAAGCAGAGCCAGUUGCCAGGGCAGGGUCCGGUGGUUCCUCACCUGCCCCUGCUGCCAGUGCCAGCCCUGCUGGCCCCACGCUGAGGGCCCGCUUCCGCAGCCUGCUGGAAACUGCCUGGCUCAAUGGCCUGGCACUGCCCACUUGGGGCCACAAGGCCUCAGGACCAGACAGGCCCUCACCCCACCCACAGCUGCUGGGUGGCCAGAGCCAUCACCUGUAGCCCUGGUGGCCGGUGCUGUUUGGGCAGCUAUCUGCAGCUCACUCUACCCCUCCUUUCUGUCUG